UCUGUUCGCUGGAGCCUUGUAAAAGAUUAGCGUACCUGGUACCCUCCUCACUCUUUGUUUAACAGUACUCGGCGAGAUCGCUGGAUCCACGAGUAGCACCAACUCAAUCCGGCCACUCCCACCCUGUACAGCAGCCCUACCCGUCCACUACUUUGCAUCUUGCGAGGUUGCUGAGACAGUCCUCGACGUGCCGGAUAGGGAGUUCUGAGCAUUGAAACACGCCCAAGAGACUUUGUCAAUAGCUGUCGAACAUGUCGAACCAGCCAGCGGCGAACAGCCCCACAGGGCCUGCGAACCUACCGAGCGACGAAUCAGGGGGCAGCAAUGGCGGCAGCAGCAACACUUCUGUACAAACUGCAAAACCAGAGACUACGCAACCUCCUGCCACCACCUUCCCUCCACCAAAGACCGACAAGCCACGGCCACACAUCUGUACCACCUGCACCCGCUCGUUCGCACGAUUAGAGCACCUCAAGCGCCACGAGCGAUCACACACCAAGGAGAAGCCCUUCGAGUGCCCCCAAUGUACGAGAUGCUUUGCGCGGCGCGACCUGCUGUUACGCCAUCAGCAGAAGCUGCAUCAGCAGGGCGCGACUUCCUCAAGACCUCGCAAUGCACGACGAGAAAGCACAACCGGUCUGCCACCCACCAACUCCGCGAACCGCGUUCGUAAAAACUCGAUAUCGAGCAAUGCUAGCAGCAUCAUUACUGGCACUGGUAGCAUGCGACCGCGCGCCAAUACUAUUGGUGCGAUCGAUGCAAACUUCCUUGCGCUCCACAAUGCAUCGAUGUCAACAGGGAACGGAGUUCAUCCAGGUCAUUCACGCCAUGCUAGCUUGUCUGGUUUCGGUGGUUCCAGUCAGUUUGACUACAGAGGCAUGUCCACGGCAGUGGGCAACCACGGGCAACACCACGGAUUAGCACGACUAGACACACACAUUGGUUUCGGUAGCAUGGGUGGAAGUGGACUUCGUACGGCGCCGGUUCAAGGAGCGCCUGGGCCUGAUGACCUUGAGCUCGAGAAGUUCUUUGGCACCUCGUCUGGCUCGACCAUUAACCCCAACCAAUUGCAUCACUUCAAUGGCAACCUCGCUCACCCGCAUUCGCCCUUCAGGCAAUUUGCCAAUCCCUUUGCUGGCAACAACCCAAUCGAAGAAGACGACUUCGCGUGGAGUGCAGGUAUGGACAACCCGAUGAUGUUCUCGAGCGAGAACGCCAUCGAGGGAUCAUCUCCGUCAGCUAUCAGCACUGCAAGUCAGGGUGCAUUCAACGAAGUCAUGUUGGAUGGGUCAGGCCAAGCAACUUCUGCCGCUAUGUGGCACCAACCGAUGCCGACGCACUCGCACAUCAAUCCCUUGGCCUACACAGACGCUAUGGCACCCGUGUUUCCUGAGUUGAUGGUCAACACCAUGCAGACACAGGAGCUUGCAGAUCCUGCGGUGCAGAAUGACUUCUAUAUCAACUCACCACCCCCACUUUCAGCGAUAAGUCCUUCAGCAGGUAUCCCCGGUAUGCCAAAUCAGUAUUUCCAGGCGCCCAUGACCUUCCAAUCUGAUGCCGGCAGCAUAUCCUCGGCGUCAAUGAAUGGCAGCGCACGACACAGCUCUGUAACCUCGGUUUCUACUGAGACUAUUACGGAGGCUACACGACAGGCCCUGAUCAUCAAUCUGCAACAGGCCCUUACCGUAGGGAACCCGCAGCGUCGAUUUUCUCAGCCACAGAUCAGCUCUCCCCUAUCAGCACAAGGUCAAAGUGCAACGCUACCGAGCACCAUGGACAUCCAACGCUACGUGAAUGCCUACAUUCUGUAUUUCCACCCUCACAUGCCAUUCCUGCAUAUUCCAACCCUGUCCUUCGAUACUCCAGCCUACACUUACCAGCUUCGCACCACGAACAAUUAUAACCAUGAUGGAAUGGUUGGGGGUGGCGGCUGUCUAAUUCUCGCCAUGGCAGCGAUAGGUGCUUUGUAUGAGUUUGAGCAGGUCGUAGCGAAAGACCUGUUUGAAGCUGCCAAGAAGUUGAUACUGUACUACCUCGACGAGCGUCGCAGGGCUGGGCUGACGGCUGCCGUCAAUGGCCCCAGCGCAGCGAACGAGUCCAUCAACAAACCGCCGCUAUGGCUGGUACAGGCUAUGUUGCUCAAUCUGAUUUUCGGUCACAACUGCGGCGACCGACAAGCUGCUGAGGUUGCAAGCACUCACUGUGCAGCCUUGGUCAGUCUUGCCAAAGCUGCAGGCCUGGAUAAGCCUACAGUGCCGGAGACGAUGACGCAAAGCCCGCCGGCGCAUCCCAAUGGCGACGAUACGUCGAUGACGGACGACGCGAAUGGGCAUGCAGAUCCACCUGCUGACAUGCGUAACGACUACACCCAGUGGAUGCAGUGGAAGAAGACGGAAGAAAAGAAGAGAACAUACUAUGCUGUGUUUUCUAUGUCCAGCUUGCUUGUUUCGGCAUACGCCCACGCUCCGCGGAUACUGAACUCUGAGAUCCGUCUCGACCUUCCUUGUGAAGAGGAUCUGUGGUUUGCUGAGAAUGCUCAAGCAUGGAUGGCAAUGGGUGGCUCGAUGGUUGCGCAAUCCAGAACCUUGUCCUUCAAUGCUGCCAUGACCUACUUGCUCGAAGCAAGCACUCGCGAAGGCGCUUCUCGUGUGCACAACCCAUACAGUCAGCAGUUUGGAGGCAGCUCGCUGAACGAUCAAAUCGAGAGCGACAUACAACCCAGUACUUUCGGUUGUUACAUUCUGAUCAACGCGUUGCACGUCUACAUUUGGGAGACUCGGCAAAGACACACCGGACGUCUAUGGAAGACACAGGAGACGGAGGCCAUGCACGCCCAAGUCGAGCCUGCUCUGAAAGCUUGGCAGGCUGCCUGGAGAACCAAUCCCAACCACAGCAUCGAGCGACCUAGUCGGUUUGGUCCAUUGUCUGCAGAUUGCAUACCCCUAUUGGAUCUGGCAUACGUCCGCCUGUUUGUGAACCUCUCUCGAGCGAAGGAACUCCUGUGGCAACGUGACUUUGAGGGCAUGGCCAACGAACUUGCCAAGGGAGUCGACAUUGUAGCUCAGGCGGACGGGACACCCGAACGCUCUGAUUCUGGGAAGGCUGCUUCACCUGAUCAGCUCGCCCAACAGCUGGACGGCGUCGCAUUCACUGGAUCCGCAGGUAUACAAGCGUCUUCGAAACGCGAGAGGCACCUCCGAAAGGCAGCUUUCUAUGCUGCUGACUCUCUGUCCAUGGCGGACAAAUUGGGUGCUACAUACGCCGAGUUCACCGCCAGAGAGUUGCCAAACUCGUCUGCACUGUGCACCUUCGACUGUGCACAAGUACUCGCUGAGUGGGUCGCGACUGUUCAGGAUCGUGUCGGUCGUUACCUCGGGGUGCUUGGACGAGAUGACAUUGACUACACUACGGUUCCUGCCAUCAUGUGUCUUGAAGAAGAGGACAUCAAGCUGUUACAGAAGAUUUCAGACAUCUUGCACAAUGCUGACAUGAAGAUGGCCUAUGAUAUCUCCUGCAACAAUGUCAUCAACUCCGUCCCUGGCAUCUCGGGAAUGAGUCGUUGUGGCUUCGGGACUAAGCUCCUGAUGGUCACAUCGUAUAUGCUGUCAAAGGCUGCUGUUUGGCCUGUCACGCAAGUGCAAGCACGAGCACUAGAGGCACACGCUCAUUGCAUCAACCAGCGGGCCGAAAAUUCGGUCCUCGGCCAUGCCUCGUAGGCCCUUCCUCUCGAGACACAAUCAUGUACAAAACCUUGGCUUUACACACAUACACUAUUGCCUACGACGACGAUACGAAAUGCACGAUAUCACACUGACGGCCCUCAGGAGCA